AUGGCGGAAUCGUCAUCUUCUCCGAAACAUCAUCAGGUUUCUCAUCAAAGGAGGAAGCUUGCAGGAAUCCAAACCACCUUCAAACUUCCAUCUCCAUUACCCAAUUGGCCUCCAGGUGGAGGUUUUGCAGGUGGAACCAUAGAUUUAGGAGGAUUACAAGUGAGUCAAGUAUCGACAUUCAACAAGAUUUGGGCCGCUAACGAAGGAGGACCCGACAAUCUUGGGGCAACAUUCUAUGAUCCAGUUUCGAUCCCACAAGGGUUUUUCAUUUUAGGGUCAUAUAGCCAACCCAACAACAUGCCUUUAUUUGGGCAUGUUCUUGUGGCUAAAGAUGUCAUAAAUGACCCUUCAAACCCUACUCUUAAACCACCAGUUGACUACACUCUUGUUUGGAGUAGUCAAUCUCUCAAUAUCAAGAAAGAUGGUGAUGGGUUCAUUUGGUUCCCGAACCCACCCAACGGCUAUAGAGCCGUUGGGUACGUGGUUACAAGCUCGUUGGGAAAACCGUCGUUUGAUAGUGUCCGUUGUGUCAGGUCUGACCUAACAGACUCUUUGGAAAGCAAUGGUAAUUGGAUAUGGGGACCCAGCGCGAGUAUAAACGCUAACGGGUUCAAUGUGUAUGGUUCAAGGCCGAUAAAUAGAGGUGUUGGAGCCAUGGGUGCAUCCAUAGGAGGUUUUGUGGUUCAAAAUGGAAUAGGGGGCACCACAUUGUCACUAUCUAGUUUGAAGAACUUGAAGGGUAGUUUGGGAAGUUCGAUGCCAAAUUUGAAACAAAUUGAAACCCUAAUUCAGACUUAUUCUCCUGUGGUUCAUUUCCAUCCUAGUGAACCCUAUCUCCCUUCUUCUGUUGAUUGGUUUUUUCAAAAUGGUGCAUUGGUUUAUCACAAAGGAGAUGAGUCGAACCCUAACCCCAUUAACCCAAGUGGCUCAAACCUUCCACAAGGUGGUUCCAACGAUGACACCUAUUGGCUAGACCUUCCAAAAGAUGGUUCAAAAGAAAGGGUCAAGAAAGGUGAUUUACAAGAUGCAAAUGCUUAUUUCCAUAUCAAACCAAUGUAUGGAGGGUUAUUUACUGAUAUUGCCAUUUGGCUUUUUUACCCUUUUAAUGGGGCAUCAAGAGCCAAAGUUGAGUUCAUCAACAUUUCAUUGGGAAAGAUAGGAGAACAUGUGAGUGAUUGGGAACAUGUCACUUUAAGGAUCAGUAAUUUCAACGGUGAGUUAGACAGUAUGUUUUUUGCACAACAUAGUUGGGGGACGUGGUUGAGUGCUUCGGUUCUUGAGUAUUCAAACGGAAAUAAACCAGUUGUGUACUCAUCGCUAAAUGGUCACUCGUCUUAUCCUAAACCUGGUUUGGUCUUGAUUGGGCCCAUAGGGGACAAUAUCGGGCUUAGAGACGAUACAGCGAAGGGCGGUAAAGUGAUGGAUACUGGGGUUGGUGCAACGGUGGUUGCCGCCGAGUAUUUGGGGUCGGCGGUGGUGGAGCCACCAUGGUUGAACUAUUUUAGAAAAUGGGGUCCAAAAAUAGAGUAUGAUCUUGAUAAAGAAAUCAAGAAUUUGGAGAAAAUCAUGAUUGGAAAGUUGAAAAAGGCUUUUGAUAAGUUUGUGAAUGGGAUACCAAGAGAGGUGUUGGGUGAGGAAGGGCCCACUGGGCCAAAAGUGAAAAACAAUUGGAGUGGAGAUGAGAUGUGAAAUGUCAUGAAUGGUUUGACUUUUACAUCUUAUAAAUUAUUGAUACAUCACUUAAAUUACCAUUUCUUUUAUUCAAAUUCGCCUCUUAAUCAUUUUUUUUCUGGGUUGACCUAAAUAUCACUACUUCUAAAAUUCAAUACAGAUAUGCAAUUACGAUGGCCAGAUAUGUAAUUAUGAUGGCUAGGUCCGUAAUUGCGACGGUGAACCGGUUGAAUUUGAUUUUUUUUUGUCUUUUAGCUAGGUCCGAUUGGUAUUGCGGAUGUAGUAAUAUUUGGGUCAACCCAUAAGAGAAAUGGUUAGGAAGCCAAUUU